UACCACUAUGUUGAACAAAAUCUUAAAGACUUUAUUAUUGAUUUACAUUCCUUUUCAUCUAAUUCUAACAUCAAGUUCAAGUUUGGUUCCUCAAAGCUUCAUCCAUUGCCUUGCACAAAAGGUUUCUUCUUCAAAUGUUUCCGCUCUCAGUGUCAUGUAUGUUCCGAAGAAUUCGUCCUAUAUGUCUAUAUUGGAUUAUACCAUUCACAAUCUUAGAUUCUUGACACCUAACACCGCAAAACCACUAGCCAUUAUCACCCCUCUAGAUUAUUCUCAUGUUCAAGCCACGGUAAAGUGUUGCAAAAAGAGUGGAUUGCAAAUCAGAAUCCGAAGUGGUGGGCAUGAUUAUGAAGGCAUGUCGUACAGAUCUGAAGUUCCUUUCGUCAUUCUCGACCUCAAUAACCUGAGGUCCAUUAGCAUUGACAUUGAGGACAACAGUGCAUGGGUUGAGUCUGGUGCAACAAUAGGCGAAUUAUACUAUUGGACUGCUCAGAAAAGUCCUAUUCAUGGCUUUCCAGCAGGCCUUUGUCCAACUGUUGGUAUAGGUGGACAUGUUAGUGGUGGCGGAGUAGGUAAUUUGAUUAGAAAGUAUGGACUAGCUGCAGAUAAUGUCAUCGAUGCACACAUAGUUGAUGUUCAGGGUCAAAUUCUAGACAGGAAAUCUAUGGGAACUGAUCUAUUUUGGGCUAUAAGAGGAGGUGGAGGAGCAAGUUUUGGAAUCAUAGUUGCCUGGAAAAUCAAGCUUGUCCAUGUUCCACCUAUAGUCACUGUUUUCAAAUUAACCAAGACUAUGGAGGAAGGAGCUGUAGAUCUGAUUUACAAAUGGCAAUAUGUAGCACACAAGCUAAGUGAAGAUUUGCUCUUUAGAAUCACGAUAUCAUCGCGAAUCGGGAUGCCGGGAAUUGAAGCAACUUUCAGUUCACUGUUCCUUGGUAGACCUAAUCAGCUCCAGAAAAUCAUGCAGGAGAGCUUCCCUGAGAUUGGUUUGAGAAAAGAAGACUGUAUUGAAAUGAGUUGGAUUGAGUCCGUCCUCCUGUUUGCAGGGUAUCAAAGAGGAGAAUCCAUAGACUCCCUUAAAAAUAGAAUAAACCCGCUACCUGAUGGUUACUUCAAAGGCAAGUCAGACUUGGUUCACAAGGCUAUACCUUUUGAGGCAUUGAAAGAGUUCUGGAAGCAGUGUUCAGAUGCAAAUGCUCAUAUCAUCCACAUAGAACUGCAUCCAUAUGGUGGAAGAAUGAACGAGAUAUCAGAAUCAGAAACUCCAUAUCCGCACAGGAAAGAUGUGCUAUAUGAAAUCCUCUACCUAGUGUUAUGGAUGAAGGAUAAAAAUGGUGAAUCUACACAAAAGAACAUCAACUGGAUAAAAGAGUUGUAUGAGUUCAUGACUCCUUAUGUGUCAAAAGGGCCAAGAGGUGCUAUUUGGAAUAUUAGAGAUCUUGAUUUAGGAGCAAAUGGUGCUUCUGACACUAGUUAUUCUAAGGCUAAGGCAUGGGGAUCAAGGUAUUUCAAGAAUAAUUUUAAGAGGUUGGCUGUGAUCAAAGGUGAAGUUGAUCCAAAGAAUUUUUUCUACUACGAGCAAAGCAUUCCACCUCUGGUUUUGCAUUCAAAAAGAAAGUGUCCAAGAGCAAAUUUCAAUUUUCUUGAUAAAUGUCCUUAAGGAAUGGUGAACUACUAAUGUAUCUUAAUUUUUUUUUGAUAUUGUAAAAAUGCAUCUUUGUGCAAUAUUCUGU